AUGCCGGCGAAAACAAAGAAGGUGGCCAAUGCCCCUUCAACAUCCUCAAAACCCCAUCCUUCCUCUAAUCUGAAUCCCUCUCAACCGAACUCUAAGCCUGCCCCACCUUCGGGCGUCUCAGGCAAGAGUCAGAACGGCCCUUCUGGGCAGGGUCUUCAGAGCACGAAGCCGAGUGAGGCAGUGGAGCCACCGAGCAGGAGUUCUGACAACUCAGCGAGCCUGCCAACAGUCAACCGGAAGAAGCAAAAGCGGAGGGAGAAGGAAGCUGCCAAGAGGGCGGCGGAACAACAGGCCGAGAACGAGAGUCUGGCUCAAAACGGCUAUGCUCCAACCAUUCGAGGAUCGGCUAGAGGCUAUUUCAGGGAGGAAACCGAAGACUUCCACCACGGCUACGUCGAUGAAGCUGUUGAUGGAGACGACGCAUUUUAUAGCGGAGCUGAGGAAGCAGGCUACGGACCAGACGACGUGUUGCGCGAUGGAUUGGAGCAGAUGGAGCAAGUUGCCAACGGCCUGACUGGUAAGAAGAAGAAAAAGAGCAAGAAAGCUGGUCAAAUGCCAGGGUUGUCUCAGAACUACGCAGUGGACACGUCCUCGAUACUGAGAAAGACUACACCCUUAGCAAGGCCACAUCUGGCCCCGACCCCCUCACUCUCUGCUGCCGCCCUCCGGUCCGCUCACCAAAACUUUACGCAUGAUCAGAUAUGGAACACUUCUACGCAAGCAGAACGAGAGAACAUAAAGCAGUUCUGGUUGGAGCUCGGAGAAGAAGAAAGACGCUCGCUGGUGAAGGUGGAGAAGGAGGCAGUGCUUCGCAAGAUGAAAGAGCAGCAAAAGCAUUCUUGCAGUUGCACCGUCUGUGGAAGGAAGAGGACAGCCAUCGAGGAAGAGCUUGAAGUGCUCUAUGAUGCAUAUUACGAGGAACUCGAGCAAUUCGCAAACCAUAACAACGGUCUCUCAAACGGUGCGGCCAUCAUGUCCGAUCCACGUGCGUACGGUCAUUUGCGGACACCAAGACAUCCAAUGGCCGGUCAGUUUCCGAUUGAAACGACUGGUCACGGUUCGAUAGAGGAGGACGAAGGCCUCGACGACGAGGAAUAUGACGAUGACGAAGAACCGUACAGUGACGAGGAUAUCGAAGAAAUCCCUCGGGGACCUCCGGACUUCUUUACGUUUGGCAAUAGUCUGACCGUGAAAGAUGGAAUCCUGACCGUAGCAGACGAUCUGUUGAAGAACGAUGGCAAGCAUUUCAUCGACAUGAUGGAGUCUUUGGCUGAAAAGCGAAUGCAACGUGAGGAAAAUGUUCAUUUCCCCUCGGCUGCUGUAGCUCACCAAACUUCUCAUCAAGGUCACAAUCAUCCUCCACUCGACGAAGAUGAUGACUUCGAUGACGACGAGGAUGAUGAAGAUUUCGAUAGCCAGGACGAAGAUGACCUCGAAGGAGAUGAGAUGGAUGCUAUGACCGAGGAGCAGCGGAUGGAGGAAGGCCGAAGGAUGUUUCAAAUAUUUGCAGCGCGGAUGUUUGAGCAGCGAGUCCUGACUGCCUAUAGAGAAAAGGUUGCUAGAGAACGGCAACGAAAGCUCAUAGAGGAGCUGGAAGAAGAGAACCGACUGGACACUCAGCGUGAAGCGAAGAAAGCCAAGGAGGCAGCUAAAAAGAAAGAAAGGAAGAAGAUGCAGAAGCAGGCCAAGGACGAGGAGAAGGCCAAGAAAGAGGCUGAGAAGGCCGCCCAAGAAGCUGCUGCUCGAGCCUUAGAAGAGCGGAAACUGGAGGAGCAACGGCAACGGAAGGAAGAACAGCGCAAAAAGCGUGAAACCGAGAAGAAAGCUGCCGAAGAAGAACGUCUGAGAAAGGAAAUCGAGAAGCAGAGAAAGGUGCAAGAAGAGCGUGAGCGUCAACAAGAACUAGAGCGCAAGCAGAGGGAGGCAAAGGAGAAGGAGAAGAAGAAACGGGAAGAGGCGCGGAAAAGGGAGCGAGAGGAGAAAGAGGCCAAGGAGCGAGAAGCCCGAGAACGGAGGGUGAAGGAGGAACAGGAACGAAAGGCACAGGAAGCACAAGCUAAGAAGGAUAAAGCAGCAGCAGCAUCAGCAGAGAAAGAAGCGAGAGAUCGGGCCAAACAGGAGGAACAAGCACGGCAGAACGCGAAGAGACCGCCUAUAGCUGUACCUCCUGGAAUCCAUGCUGCUCAUCCUCCUAUACAAUCUCCUCAAUUCCAGGUGGCAACCCCCAUUGUGCCGGCGAAAGCACCUACUCCAGCUCGUCCUCGCCAAACCUCGCAGCAAGGUCCACAGUCACACAGCUCCUCACCCCGAUCACAACAGGCCGCAACCACCGAGACCACUCUUUCUUCGACACCUUCAUCCAUCAGCAUCGCUAUACCGAAUCCAUCAGCCUAUACCAACGCUCCAGGAAAGCAGCAAAGCCAAGGCCCACCGCUGCACCAUCCACAACCCUCAGCUCCGUUGUCUCCUCUCAGCACCCAGAAUCGUUCUGGUCACCCUCCCCACGGCUACACUGGUAUGCCUGGUCCUUCUACCAACGGUACUGUUCCUACGGGUCUAGGGAUGUUGCCAGGCACAAUGCCACCCAUGCCCAUCUUUCAAGGCCCGCCCGUGGGAGGACCGCACCGAGGCUAUGGACCGCCGAACGGCAUGCCCUUCCCGCCUGGCAUGAAUGGCAAUCGACAGUUUGCUCAAGGACCGAGCGGCCAUUUCCCACCUCAGCCGUCCAUGGGCCCGCCUGUACCUAACCCCCCGAAACAGCCAGCAAAACCCCAAACACAUUCAAGACAGCAGUCCACCUCGCACGACAGCACAAACGAAUAUGCGCAUCAACUCACUCCAAUCUCUCGUCCUGCCCCGACAGGUCAAUCGCCGAAUUCGACCCCCGACAAGAAAGAGAACCGCAAAGUUUCCGAUCCAGAAGUCGAGCAUCUUGCUACACAACUGGGCAGUAAAGCUCUACUCGACGACUCGGACAUACCUCUCAACACGAGCAACUCUGAUCACUUGUCCUUGUCAGGCGCUCCUGGGUCCGGAAGAGCUCCGUUCAGUAACUUUCUCGAUGCUAAGCAUGAUGCGUUUCAGCCAGGCCACUGGGGGGGUUUUAGCCCCAACGGCAAUUUCGCCGGGCCGCCAAAUUGGGGUGCACCGGGCCUUACUCCCAAGCAAAGCGGAGGAUGGCCAUCACAUCACCAACCUAGCACAAAUGCCUUUGGUAUUAUCGGUGGAGGUGUACAUGCCAGCCAUCGCCCGCAUGCCUCUCGGCCUGUGGCGAUUCGGCUUAUGGUAGCUGAAGCGUGCAAGAAGCUUUCGGCAACGCCUGGAACCUCCGCCGAUGGCUUUCACCCGGCCAAGUUCUUGCUGCGUCAGGUAGAGCAGAUGAAGCCACCACAUGAGCCAGUGAUUACGCUCAACGAGAUGCUAGAGAUCUGUGACACGGAAGGCAAUGGCCAAAAUGGCGGUGGCAGCUUCAUUGUGCGGAAAGACAGCUUCCAGGGCCAGAGCGUGAGGUUCGAGCCCAGUAGCGGAACCAGCAACCACAGAGCUGUGGGAGAUAUUGGCAGUCCAGUGGUCGCCCACAGUCAGCUUGCCACAUUUGGUGGCAUCGGUCAGCCCAUCGGCGGAGCUAGCAAGGGUCACUGA